AUGCUUUCGGCAUUUACAGCUCGGCCGAUCAUAGAGCUAAAGCAACGGGAUAAGUCCAAGAUUGAGACAAUCCUCGCGCAUGGCGAUCGUGUUUUCGUAGGCCUCAACAGCGGAGCUCUUCGCAUUUACCGUCUCAACGAGCUACCGCCCCCAUCGCCAACCCAGGCCAAUGGCUCCUCUCAACCUACUACGGCGAGUGCGCAAGAUGCAACCGAAACCAACCCGACGACCGAACAGCCGAAGAAACCUACGGACCUGCUGCGCGAGAUAGAAAAGUUCUCCAACAGGGCGAUUGAGCAGCUCGCCGUCAUCAAAGAGGCGAACACUCUUGUAUCGUUGUCGAACUACUACGUAUCCCUCCACGACCUCGGAACGUAUGAACCCCUAGAGACCCUCUCACGAACGAAGAACGCCACCUGCUUUGCCGUCACAUCAAACAUCGUGAAGGAUGCAGCAACCGGAAUACCAGAGAUUAUAAGUCGCUUGGCGGUGGCUGUCCGCCGUCGACUAUUGCUAUGGAGCUGGCACGAAAGCGAGUUGAGCGCCGAUGUUGGGGAAGUCACAUUACCGGAAUCGAUACGAACCGUCACAUGGGCCAGCGCGACAAAGAUCGUAUGCGGAAUGAACGCGGGAUACGUUUUGGUCGACGUAGUCACCCAUGAGGUCGAGGAUAUCAACAGCCCAGGCUCCGCGGCAUCAGGCGGGCAGGCUAGUCGUUUCGGAGCGGUGAGCAGUGCUGGAAUGGGCUACAUGGGACUCGGAGGAUACAUGCCUAAGCCUCUCGCUGCGAAGCUGGCCGAGGGCGAGCUUCUGUUGGCCAAAGACAUCAACUCCAUGUUCAUUACGGACGAAGGAAAGCCGGUUGAAAAACGACAAAUUCCGUGGCAAGCGGCUCCUGAGCAGAUCGGCUACUCGUACCCAUACAUCCUGGCUUUGCAAGCUCCGUCAAAAGGCUCGCUUGAAGUCAGGAAUCCAGAGACGUUGCACCUAUUGCAGACCAUACCCCUCCCAGGCGCGGCGCAACUUCACUUUCCGCCACCUAAUGUUAGUCUCGCUCACGCGGGCAAGGGGUUUCACAUUUCCAGCGACCGAUGUGUUUGGAAAAUGGGGGCUACCGACUACGAUUCGCAAAUCGACGAGUUGGUAGAAAAGGGCAAAUACGACGAGGCCGUCAGCAUCCUUGACAUGCUUGAGGACGCCCUCCUCCGGAACAAGAAGGAGACUCUCCGAGAGGUCAAGAUGCUCAAGGCUGAAAUGUUGUUUAAGCAAAAGAAGUUUUACGACUCCAUGGAUCUUUUCAAUGAGGACGAUGUUCACGCACCACCUGAGCGAGUUCUCAAGCUUUUCCCGCCAUCCAUCGCCGGGGAGAUGUCUGGGUGGGCGCACGGAGCGCAACCGGAUGAAUCUGGCAGCGAUGAGAAGGAGAGUGAGGAGGAACCGCAGCAGAAAACAAAUGGGGAUAAGCCCAAGGAAGAUGCAGCGGAAACACCCGCAUCCCCGGCAAAAGGAGGCGUUGGCUUUGCGAAGUUAUUCAUGGGUUCGCGCAAGGCGGUGCAACCUGAUGCUGCCUCGAUCAUAUCCAAGAAAGAUACAAUAGACGUCGAAGAGACUGGAAGCAUCAGAAGCAAACCCACCGAAAACCAGCCGCUUGAAGGCGAGGAGCUCUUGGCUGCUGUCACAUCUCUAGCUGGUUAUCUUGUCGGGACAAGAACGCGUUUACAAAGGGUCAUCGACCCGAGCACUGGCAAGCUGAAGCGGACAGACACCAAUGGCUCGAACGAAGAGACGAUGAAGAGUUUCAUGUCCGGCUCGCACGACGAUGAAUCAGGGAGCCAACUCGAGGGAGAGAUCCGGAGGACGUCGCGAAUUGUUGACACCGCUUUGUUCCGGACUUACAUGAUGACCAGACCUGCUCUAGCUGGGCCCCUUUUCCGCCUCCCGAACUUUUGCGAUCCAGACGUCGUCAACGAAGCACUGCUUUCACACAGCCGAUAUAACGAGUUGGUCGACUUCUUCAGCGGCAAGAAGCUUCACUCGCAGGCGCUUGAACUUUUGAAGCGCUUUGGAACUGCCGAGACACCGGAUGAGGCUGCCCCGGGCUUGCAUGGGCCUCAAAGGACAGUCAUCUAUCUUCAGACACUGCCGCCGUCUGAGAUUGAUCUCAUCCUGCAAUACUCGGAAUGGACUCUCAAAGCGGAUCCAAAGCUGGCCAUGGAAGUGUUUAUCGCAGACUCUGAAAACGCCGAGACGUUACCUCGUGGCCGGAUCGCUCGCUUCCUGGGCGGGAUCGAUCCAGGAUUAGAGGUGCAGUAUCUGGAGCACAUCAUCUCCGAGCUUGACGAGUCGACUCCGGAUUUCCACAAUCGUCUGGUAGAGCUCUUUAUCAAGCACUUGAAGGAAAAGAAACGUGACGAUGAAUGGGAUGCAGAGAUGGAUCGUUUCGUGCAGUUCCUCAAGACCAGCAGCCAGUACAGUCUUAGCAAGGCAUUCAGCCUCAUCCCACGUGACGAUCCUGCUUUCUACGAAGCUCAAGCCAUAGUGUUGAGCAACAUGGGCUCGCAUAAGCAGGCACUGGAAAUCUAUGUCUUCAAGAUGAAGAAUUACGCGAAAGCCGAAGAAGACUCCAGGCCUUCGUCUCCAGACCAGUCACGACGCCCAUCAUCGGCAGACGAUCCCGAGGAUUCGGUUCCAUCCAUUUACCACACCCUUCUUUCGCUAUAUUUGACUCCGCCACCACCGCAUAAACCAGCACAUGACCCGGCCCUCGAGCUGUUGUCGAGGCACGGAUCGCGUCUACCGGCAGCAUCGACUCUCUCUCUGAUUCCCGACGACCUUCCUGUUCGCGAUCUCGAGUCCUACUUCCGUGGCAGAAUUCGGUCUGCUAACAGCGUCGUAAACGAGUCGCGCAUCGUAGCUCGGCUGCGAGACACGGAGCUGGUAUCGACGCAAGCGCUCCUGCUCCUCGGCGACGGCAUACCUGGCGGACAAGGUGGGCGCAACAGAAGGGUUACAAUCACUGAAGAGCGGUUAUGUGGCGCGUGCCACAAGAGACUAGGGCGAAGCGUGGUGUCGGUUCUUCCAGACAACAACGUGGUCCAUUAUGCGUGUUUCAACAAGGCAACGUCGCAGCGACCGCAAAGCUCUCGGGCAGGAAACUGGGCUCGAAGGUUUUCGUGA